UACAAUGAUGGAAAUUGUUUAUGGUUUGUCCAAAACUGUCUUAUUUCGAUCCUUAUGAACAAAAUAAUUUCAUAAAUACAUCAAGCACAAUAUAUCUGGGAAUCAGAAGACAGAACGAAUUCAACAGGAUCCAUGGAUUAUCAGAUGGUCUUAGACUCAGUUCACUGUCGAUUCACCGACUCUUUGUUGCACGUCCAUCUCAUGAGAUAAGUGAAAAUUCAAGUAAACUCCACAUUCAACGUUCGUGCUAUAAAUAUUCGUUUCACUGACAUUUCCAAAGACAAAACCAAGUGUUAUUAAACCGACAGUCGAUAAUCAAUUAAAGAUGAUCAAUUCAUCUGCUUAAUCAGCUUCAUUUACACUAAAAUACAAAUAUCAAUGUGUUGUUAAUCCACGCCUGUGUGGCAGAUGUUUACACUUGGAUUUAGUGUCCUCCUGGUGACACUAGAGGUGAAGAUGGUGAGGAUGAUGAUGGAGUGUGUGUGAGUGUGUAUUCGUCCCUGGUCUCCCUGCUUCAUUGCACGUUUACGUGCUACAGAAUCCAUGUUUGGGACGAACAUCUAUAGCUUCCUAGACAGAGAGUGGAGAACAGUAUUGUUGACUCUUUUUGUCUGUUUAAAGUUUUUCACGGUGAUGACGUCAACUGCGGACGAUUAGUGAAAAUGUGUUUUUGUGUUUUUGUUCUACGGCAGAGCUUUAACAAUUGUUGGAGCUAUGAGAACAACGAUUUGUGCGUAACCGCAAAGUCUUUGGCAUGUUUUUGCUGUAUGCAGAGUGACUGUAUGUGUGCGUGCGUGCGUGUGCUUGUGGGGAUGAGAGAAAGAGAGCGAGAGAGACUGAGAAAGAGAGAGAAAGAAAGAGAGAGAGAGAAUGGGAUAUAGAUGGAGAGCAGAGUUUUGCAUUGGUGUUAUGAUAAAAGACUGUUUUCACUCUACCCUUCUGUCGUACGUGUUAUUUUUUACACUUUUCUACAUUUGUAUGUUGCUUUUGUAUUUCACACGAGUCUCUGUCUAUAUUUCUGAAUGCAUAAGAGAGAGUGCGUAAAGAUGUACAGACUGGAGCGCUUCACUUGGACUCACCAGCUACCCCUGCGCGCAACAAGAGCCCCCCAUGGGUGCUGUAGUGCAAGCGCAGGCAGCUGUGAUUGGCCAGCGUUUGAUCAGGUGGUACACUUCCCCUCUGUAUUCAGUGGCACCUCACAACCCCCCCCCCCUCUCAGCAAAAACCAAAUCUCCGAUAAAGUAAUGGCAAAAGCACUUGGACUAUAAAAGACAACAAAUCAUAUUCCUCCGGAGUAUAUACACCCCGUUGUCCACCCAAUGAGUUCCUAUUUUGUUAACUCAACUUUUCCCGUGUCUCUACCGGGAGGACAGGACUCUCUCCUGGGUCAGAUACCGUUAUAUUCCUCGGGAUACACGGAUCCGUUAAGACACUACUCCAACGCGGCCACAUAUGGAGCAGCCAACAUGCAGGAGAAGGUUUACCCGGCGUCUUACUACCAGCAAACGGGCGCAGCAGCCGCGGCCAUCUACGGGAGGGCCGGCGGCGGAGCCACCUGCGACUACAACCCGGUCGGGACUUUCUACAAGGACGCGGAGGGUUCUUGCGCAUUCUCCAGCCGCGAAGACCAGCCUCUGUUCGUCACCCAGGAGCACCAGCAGCGCAAAGCUGCCGAGUGUCCGGAGCAGAGUGUCAGUAUGAGCGGCAGCCUCGACGACAAGUCGUCCACACUCAUCUACCCGUGGAUGCAGAGGAUGAACGCUUGCUCUGCCGAUACACCACUACAGAUUUUGAGUGCAGUUUCAGGCCCAUUUGGCAGCAGUGGCCGCAGGGGCCGACAGACCUACACCCGCUACCAGACCCUGGAGCUGGAGAAGGAGUUCCACUUCAACCGCUACCUGACCAGGAGGCGCCGGAUAGAGAUCUCUCACGCCCUGUGUCUGACGGAGAGACAGAUCAAAAUCUGGUUUCAGAAUCGCAGGAUGAAGUGGAAAAAGGAGAACAAACUCCUCAAUCCUACAAAGACGCCCGAGGAGGAGGAGGAACUGGCGGAGAAAAAGAGCUAAAUGAACACUGUGGCAAAAUUAAAAAGGCAUAUGUGCGUUUGUUUGUAUGCACACCCCCAGAAUAAUAAAAAGAAAAUGUAAUAUUUCUUUGUAGAUAAAGUGCUGCAAAUGCCAUGUUAGAGACGUGUAGAGUGAUAGACCUCCAAGUAUCUGCACGGUAAUAAUGUCUGCAUUAGGUUAAAAUCAGGUCCUCCUCCGUUUGUCCUUGUGCUCGUGUGUUUGUUUAGGGGACUAUGCAAAAAUCCGCCAAAAUGUAAAUAAUUUCGAGUGUUUAGUUUGGGACAAUGUCGUUACCUCAUGACAACAGGCCUACUGAGUUUUUGUAUCAUUAUUGUCGUUGUUACUGUUGUUGUUUUCUGCCAUGACGUUUUAGAAAAAGACAGGCUUCGUCCUUUACUGUACAUCUCGUGUGUCGUUGUUCUCUAAAUGUCUAUAGGCUUUUGUCGUCCUUUAGCUGUGCCAUCCACUCUUUACUUUGUACAUUUGAAAACAUUAAAAAUGUUACAUGUUAUUUAUUGCUGUUCAACCUGUGUUCAAUGCACAUCUGGAUAUCGUGUGCAAUAUUUUUGUUGAGGAAAUUGUACAUAA